AUGGCUGUCCACCUGUGGGCAGUUGUCCUGGCCUUGGCUGCCCUCCUCACUGGGGACAGGGAAGUGACAGCAUCAGCAGGGGAGUUCACUUUCUCCAGAAUGCCCAUCUGCGAGCACAUGGCAGAGCCUCCAAAUUGUCCCCAGACAACUAAUCUCAUCUGUGGCACUGACGGGGUCACAUACAACAAUGAGUGCCAUCUCUGCGUGACCCGUAUAAAAACCAAAAAAGACAUCCAGAUCCUAAAGGAUGGCAAAUGCUGACCCCACAGGAGUGCCUUGAGCUGAAGAACAGUAGUGGGCAGGAAGAUGUGAUGCAAAAUAAAAGCAC